AUGACGUCACGUCCGGUUGGUUUCAUCACGGUACAGUCAUUCUUUCCUUUCACAUGUGUUCCUGUGUUGUAGCGACUGUUUCAACCGGCUUUUUGUCCCACGAAGUACAGUAAGGAACAGUUCACCGUGAAAAACCCACAGGAAGACGCCGAAUCAUCUCAUCUUUCAGUCUACGGGAAGAAAUCGGUCGAUUUGGGGAGAUUUUUUGCAUUCCAAGGACGAAAAGGUACCCACAAUGCCCUCUGACGCUGCCAAGAAGCGCGCUGCGAGGAAGAAGGAGGCAGUGAAGCAGAAGGGCGGGAAGAAAGCGGAGCCCAAACCUGAACAGAAUGGCACCGCAAACGGAACCGAGACCAACGGUGUCACCAACGGGGUCAUAGAGGACCUGAGUGCCACCAUGGACAAGCUGGACAUCGAGGCCCAGGCUGCGGCGGCCGCGCGCUCGUGUACCGGCGUCCUCUCCUCCCACCCGCUGGGCCGCGACAUCAAGUUCGACAGUUUCACGCUCACGUUCCACGGACACGAGCUGUUCCACGACACCAAGGUCGAGCUGAACACCGGCCGCAGGUACGGCCUGGUCGGACUGAACGGAUGUGGAAAGUCGAUGCUCCUGAGUGCCCUGGGGAACAGGGAAGUGGACAUCCCUGACCACAUCGACAUCUUCCACCUGACGCGAGAGAUGCCGGCCAGCGACAAGACGGCCCUGCAGUGCGUGAUGGAAGUGGACGCGGAACGCGUACGGUUAGAAACGGAGAUGGAGCACCUACAUGGGAAGGCAGACGAAGAAUCAGCAGAGCGACUACUGGACAUCUAUGAGCGACUAGAAGAGUUGGAUGCAGACAAGGCUGAGAUGAGAGCGGCUGCUAUCCUGCAUGGUCUCGGCUUCUCACAUAAAAUGACGCAAACCCAGGUAAAAGACUUCUCUGGCGGCUGGCGGAUGAGAAUAGCGCUGGCUCGAGCUCUGUUCGUUAAACCUUCCCUUCUCAUGCUGGACGAACCCACAAACCACCUGGACCUGGACGCCUGUGUGUGGCUCGAAGAGGAACUCAAGAACUACAAGAGAAUCCUUGUGCUGGUGUCUCACUCGCAGGAUUUCCUCAACGGUGUCUGUACUAACAUCAUCCAUGUCAACAACUGUAAACUGCACUACUAUGGAGGUAACUACGAUGUGUACGUGCGAACGCGGUUGGAACUGUUGGAGAACCAGGCCAAACGGUACAAGUGGGAACAGGACCAGAUCAAACACAUGAAGAGUUACAUUGCCAGAUUCGGUCACGGUAGCGCCAAGUUAGCCAGACAAGCACAGAGCAAGGAGAAGACCCUGAAGAAAAUGGUAGACGGAGGACUGACAGAAAAAGUUGUUCUAGACCAGACCCUGACGUUCUAUUUCCCGGACUGUGGGAAGGUCCCGCCGCCCGUCAUGCAAGUACAGGACGUCAGCUUCAGAUACGCCGACGACCUGCCAUGGAUCUACCGUAAUCUGGAGUUCGGAGUGGAUCUGGAUUCGCGGAUCGCUCUGGUGGGUCCGAACGGCGCGGGAAAGUCAACGCUGAUGAAGCUUCUGGACGGAGAGCUGGUGCCGACAGACGGACUGAUCAGGAGAAAUUCUCACCUGCGCAUCGGCAGGUUCCACCAGCAUCUCCAAGAGAAGCUGGACCUGAACCUGUCUGCUGUGGAGUUCUUGAUGCAGAGUUACCCUGAGGUGAAGGAGGUGGAGGAGAUGAGGUCCAUUGUGGGGAAGUACGGACUCACAGGCCGCCAGCAGAUGUGUCCGCUGAAGAACCUGUCCGACGGGCAGCGAGCGCGGGUGAUCUUCGCCUGGCUGGCCUGGCGCGCUCCGCACCUGCUGCUACUGGACGAACCCACCAACCACCUGGACCUGGAGACCAUUGACGCACUCGCGGACGCCAUCAACGCAUUCGAGGGCGGCAUGGUCCUCAUCAGCCACGACUUCAGACUCAUUAACCAGGUUGCUGAGGAAAUCUGGGUGUGCGAGAAAGGGACGAUAAAGAAGUGGAAGGGAGACAUCCUGUCCUACAAGCUGGACCUGAAGGAGAAGAUCAUGAAGGAAAACUCCAGGUUUAACAAGAUCAAGUCCGUCAUCUAAAAUAUCCCACCGUCUCAGGUCCUUCCCUCAUAGGUACGGUCAGAACUUCUGGCUUUUAUCCAUGACUUCCUUGUGUGCAGGAUCUUUCUGAAAGAAGUUAAAACAAACUGUACAUUGAAAAUGGCCCAAAAACCCAAAUAAAACAAUUCUAAAAGCCUGUAUCCAUGUUAUGAAAAAAAACAAAAACGCCUGAGGGUAUUUGGGUACUCUACCUUCUUUGAGAAGAAGAAACAGGAGGGAAAACAAUAUAUUUCAGCCAUACCAUGGUACGACAGAAAUAUAACGAGCCCUGCUGCAUUUGAAAGAUCAGCAGUAGCCCUUGACAAAGUUGGAUCAAAGAAUGAGGAAUAUGUCUGAAUAUCUCCAAGCAUUUUAGAAAACUGCUGCAGAAUAAGACAAGACGGCAACUGUCUUGUAAUCCCUCAUCAAUGUUGUACUUUCAAAUCUGACAUAGGGCCGCCAAAGGAUGCCAUGUAUAAAAUCUAGAUUGUUUGGCCAAAUCAGUCAGUAUGUAUGCUAAAUAAUGUUACAGUAAUGUUACAACUAAUAUGUAAUGGAGCAAAGAAGUACUAAGUUAAAAGCCUUCCACUGAAAGAUUCGUAUCGAAUUUGCAGCCGCCACUCAGGUUUUGUUGUAGAAUUUAGAACACCAGGAGUAAGUAUUACUCCAGAGGUUAACACAGUUAGUUGACUGUCCACGUCCACCUAGCUGCAGUGCUAUGUAUUGCAGAAAGGGGGCAGUGUUGCACAGUCCUGAUGCACCUGAAAUCUAAAUACAUAUAGACAUGAAGGAGGUAAGGCAAAGUUGUAUGUUUUGUGACCUAUAAGACUACUGUACAACUUUAUUUUGUGUGCUGCAUUCUGCAAACAUAUAGCCAACAUAUGUAGAGUCAGGUUUGAUAAAAGGCAAAACAUGUGAUAGAAUAGGGCUAUUCCAUUUCCACAUUUCAGGAGGGGAAGGCAGGAUCAUCUUUUGUUACCCCUCAUCAUCUUUUGGUUUGAUUACAACCUUUCCAACAUUCCCCCCCCCCCAUGCCUACUGUAUUUCAAUUGAACUCUCCCCCUUACCAUGUAAAUUGGAAUAGCCCUUAGAAGUAGUGUAUUAGACAACAUUAGAGACACUUCACUGCAUUUUAAAGCUUAAUCACUAGAACAAGCAGAGCUGAGCUAAAUCU